ACUAGCCAUCUAAGUUGUAAUGCCUACACUACAGUGUGCACUAUUAAUGGCGCCGCUAGAGGUUCGCAAUGAGAUCUAUACCUUGCUUAUACCAAGCCAAUUUCACAUGAGCCUCCAAGGGGAUUCCUUCUGCUUAGCACGAUGCAUAGAGCCGCGUCAAGACAGGGACGAUAAAAGCCGUCGACACUUUGUGUACGACCCACCAGACGCACUAAUACGAGACGAGGAUCACUACCGCAUUCGUGCAGACGAAGUUUCUACUCCCCUGUGGGCGCUGCGUCUCGAGUCUACCUGGGGACCACAUUGGAAAUGCAAAGAGGCUGCUAUAAACGGAAGUGUAGAGAGCCGAUUUGGUGUUUCUCUUCUUCUCUUGUGCCGGAGAAUUCAAUUCGAGGUGAUAGACCUUCUAUGCCGUACCGCCGAAGCCCAUGUUACUGAUAUGGAGACCAUCAACUACUUUCAUAAUCCUACACUCGUGCUGUCAACGAUGCCCAGCAUACUCCCGUCCUUGUUACAAAGAGUCACGCAACUGAACAUCACGCUUCGGCUUCCACUGCCGUUCUUCCAGCGAUUAGAGCGCCUGGAGGAUGCUCCAUCUCCAGAUCCAGAACUAGAAAGCCUAGUUCAGGCCUGGCUAAGCCUUGGCUCUAGCCUGCGUCGCUUCCCAAAUCUUCGAAUAGUUCGGUUCUGGCUUGACCACGAUAAACCGGACUGUUGGACGACUGUCAACGAACGAACUCUGCUUUCUCCUCUAGCUCGUCUGUUCCAAGCCCAAAAGAUAGACGUCUCCUUUUCCUUGCCGCAUCUCCAUCCAAAGCGCGAACAAGAGAACCGUCAAUUUAUCCAGGGAGCUGAUCUCCGUUUUGCUCUACACCGAAGGCUGCGACAAAGGUACUUCAGAAGCAGCUCCACCCAAGGGAAGGUAAGAAUAAUAUUCAAAGCGACUUUCCCGUUCCUGGUAGAUGCAAUUGAUCUUGUAGAAAUGACCAUGGCAGAGAUUGAAGAAGAGGAACGGUCUAUGUGGGAAGUCGGGUUAGAUGUAGAGGACAUGAUCGCUGGUUUUUUACAGUUGCCAGCAAGCAUGCUUGAGUAAAUAGAGCCCUGGCCGCGCAAUAUGUUCAUUGUAAGCAGCAAUUGUACCUAAAUGGCAAUGCUAGAAGCC